AUGGACCCGACAAACCGACUCAGACUCACCCAGAGGUACACGAGUAGGGGCAGAGGGGCAGCAGCAGCCACGAGUGCAAGCACCACCACCACCUGCCAUGCUCUGAUGGGCGACACACACCCCAUGCCCCACUGCCGCCUGUCCCCCCUGCCCUCCUGCCCAGAACCUGCAGAGCUCAAACCUCCCCCACAGAACCUGAUAAAACUGACUCAGACUCACCCGAAGGUACACGAGAAUGGGCAGAGGGGCAGCAGCAGCCACGAGUGCAAGCACCACCACCACCUGCCAUGCUCUGAUGGGCGACCCACACCCCAUGCCCCAUUGCUGCCCCCUCGUCCCCCGCCCCUCCCACCAACACCCUCCCCCACACCUCAUGUCCCUCUGCUGCCACCUCCUCCUGUCCCUCCUGCCCUUGCCAGCGAACCGAGGUUGGAUGUGAGAGGGGAGUUGGAAAGAGAUGGAAAGGAGGAGGAGGAGGAGGAGGAGGAGGAGGAGGAGGAGGAGGAGGAGGAGGAGGAGGAGGAGGAGGAGGAGGAGGAGGAGGAGGCGGAAGAGGAGGAGGGAGGAGGGAUGGGUUCGCAGGGGGGGACAGCCCAGCCGUAG